UUCUGUUGCGUCAGUUUCGCAGCAGGUGACCCCCACCCCUUCGCCAAAAUCCGGCUAUUAGAUGUGACCACGAGGUUGAUCAGGAGAAGCCAUCAUGUCUUAAACACAGACGGGCCCUCUGGAGCCCUGUCCCCCCACCCUGGACCACCCUCCCCUUCCCCCAUCCACCACCUUACCCCUUCUCCCAGCCCCAUCCCACUCCCAGACCUUCCUGCACAUGUGAGGGACAGGCUACCCAGCCCUGGCUCCCCACUGGCACACCCCUCCCCUCCCUCCGGAGAGAUGAGCCUGCAGAAGCACCAGCAGUUGGGUGGUGGUAGCGGUGGGGUGAUGGGCUCUGAUCGGGACCUGCAGUCUACUGCUUCCUCCAUCUCCCUGCCCUCUGUGAAGAAGGCCCCCAAGAAGAGACGCCUCUCCCUCGCCUCUCUGUUCAGACGGCGAGGUCGGGAGUCCAAAUCAGGGCGCCAAAGGUCUAGAGAGCUCCAGCACACUGGACCUGGAGGGCUCGGAGGGGUGGACGGCAUCGCCAGCAUUGAGAGCAUCCACUCUGAGAUGUGUAACGACAAGAACUCUGCCUUCUUUUCUGUGGCCGGGACCGGAGCUGCCUCUGCUGCUGCUGCUGCUGCUGCUGCCGCCGCUGCUGCUGCUGCCGCUGCCGCCUCCACCUCCACCUCAUCUGCCUCAGGGCCUUCUUCCUCUACCUCCUCUUCCUCCUCCACCUCCAAGGUGGGGGGUGGGGUGGGGGCAGAGCUACUGGAGUGCCCGCUGUGCCUUCUGCGCCACUCCAGGGAGAGCUUCCCUGACAUCAUGACCUGUCACCACCGCUCCUGCAUCGAUUGCCUGCGCCAGUACCUGCGCAUUGAGAUCUCAGAGUCGCGUGUCAACAUCAGCUGCCCUGAGUGCUCAGAGCGCUUUAACCCACACGACAUCCGCAUGAUCCUGGGUGACCGGGCGCUCAUGGACAAAUACGAGGAGUUCAUGCUGAGGAGGUGGCUUGUGGCUGACCCUGACUGCCGCUGGUGCCCUGCACCGGACUGCGGGUACGCUGUGAUCGCCUUUGGGUGUGCCAGCUGUCCUAAGAUCACGUGCGGCAGGGAGGGCUGCGGCACAGAGUUCUGUUACCACUGUAAGCAGCUGUGGCAUCCCAACCAGACCUGUGACGCAGCACGACAGCAGAGGGCCCAGAGCCUCCGCCUGAGGACGGUCCGCUCAUCCUCCCUCAGCUACAGCCAAGAGAGUGGAGCUGCAGCUGAUGACAUUAAGCCAUGUCCACGCUGUGCUGCCUACAUCAUCAAGAUGAACGACGGCAGCUGUAACCACAUGACCUGCGCUGUCUGCGGCUGUGAGUUCUGCUGGCUCUGCAUGAAGGAGAUCUCAGACCUGCACUACCUGAGCCCGUCAGGCUGUACUUUCUGGGGAAAGAAGCCAUGGAGCAGGAAAAAGAAGAUUCUUUGGCAACUGGGAACACUUGUGGGUGCCCCUGUCGGCAUCGCACUCAUCGCCGGCAUAGCUAUCCCCGCUAUGAUUAUUGGCAUCCCUGUAUAUGUGGGAAGAAAGAUCCAUAACCGCUAUGAAGGCAAGGAUAUCUCCAACCACAAGAGGAACCUGGUGAUCGCUGGUGGAGUGACUCUCUCUGUCAUUGUGUCCCCAGUGGUGGCUGCAGUCACUGUCGGCAUUGGAGUUCCCAUCAUGCUGGCUUAUGUCUACGGUGUGGUGCCCAUCUCUCUGUGCCGUAGUGGAGGUUGUGGUGUCUCAGCUGGAAACGGGAAAGGAGUUCGCAUUGAGUUUGACGAUGAGAAUGACAUGAAUGUUGGCAGUGGGGCAGCUGCCACCGAUACUACAUCAGUGGCAGACACCAGGAACAACCCCAGUAUAGGUGAAGGCAGUGUCGGGGGGCUAACGGGCAGCCUGAGUGCCAGCGGCAGCCACAUGGACCGUCUGGGGGCCAUCAGGGACAACCUGAGCGAGACGGCGUCCACCAUGGCCCUAGCAGGAGCCAGCAUCACCGGCAGCCUUUCUGGCAGUGCCAUGGUCAAUUACUUAAACAGGCUGGAGGUGCAGGCCGAUGUGCAGAAGGAGCGCUGCAGUCUGAGCGGCGAGUCUGGCACUGUCAGCCUGGGUACAAUCAGCGACAACGCUAGCACCAAAGCAAUGGCUGGAUCCAUUCUUAACGCCUACAUGCCCCUCGACAGAGAUGGGAACAGUAUGGAGGUCCAGGUUGACAUCGAAUCCAAACCCGGUAAACUACGGCACCACAGCGGCAGUAGCAGUGUAGAUGACGGCAGCCAUGUCGGCCGCUGUGGCUGGACCUGCCCCUCCAACGGUUGCACCUCCUCAGAAGGCAAAGGGACCUCCACUAAAUGGGCCAAAGAGGCAUCCUGCUCCUCCUCCUCUAGCUCAGGGGGCAAAAAGAGCAAAGGCAAGCUGCGCAAAAAAGGCGGCGGAGGCACCAAGAUCAACGAGACGCGGGAAGACAUGGACGCUCAGCUGCUGGAGCAGCGCAGCACCAACUCCUCAGAGUUUGACUCCCCCUCGCUGAGCGGUAGCCUGCCGUCCGUGGCCGAUUCUCACUCCAGCCACUUCUCCGAGUUCAGCUGCUCCGAUCUGGAAAGCAUGAAGACGUCCUGUAGCCACGGCUCCGGUGGAGGCGACUACCACACACGCUUCGCCACCGUCAGCCCCCUACCCGAGGUGGAGAACGACCGCCUGGAGACCUGCCCCGCUUCUUCUUCGUCCUCCUCCCAGGGGCAAGGAGCUGUGAUCACUCCCCACUCCCCCACCUCCACCACCUCCUCCCUGGGCCAUGGCGCAGAGCUCUCCCCUCUCUGCUUCAUCACAGAGGAGAAUGUCAACCUGGUGUGCCCCGCUGAGCUGGACUCUCACAGCAACACCAGAGAGCUGCUAAAAGAAACCAACAACAACCACCAACCACAGCACCCAACCCAAACCCAGCAGCAGCCCAAGAACUCCUGUAUACAGACUGACAUAUAAAAUCUCAAUACCUUAAGUGCUGCACAGACGCUGUUUUUAUUUAACAUCUUUUUCUCCUCUAAACUAACAAUCAUAGCCUACAGUUUAACCUGCAUUUUCUGUUCUUCCCCUUGUAAAGGGGAUGUGUUAUUUUGGGAUUUUUGUCCUUCAUAAAAAAGCAACCCUUGAGUAAAACAGAUCUGUGUGUCCACUGACUGUCAGAGGGCUUAUUGGAAGUAUUAAGAGGUUUCCACAGUGCAGCCAUGUGAGAAAGCUUAAGGUUGUGAAUGCUGGUGUUUCUCCCUGUGCGACCCGCUGACUGCUAACACUUUUUUGACAGUUCACUCACUCACCACUUGUAACAGAGACAGCCUUCAUAUUUAGCCGCUGUCCUAUUGAUCUGUGUAGGUUCAAAUAAAGCCACUGUGCCGGUUUUCGCUAGUAUUUGAUUUUGGCUCGACAAUGCGGAUGCAACACCAUGCAGGAAUCUUAAUGUUACAGCUUUCCAGAAGUGAACUCAAACAGGGACCAGGCAAUAUGAUACACUAGUUCCUCUUUUUAUCCCCCUCCCCCUAAACAUAUUAAUAACAGAGGAACCUUUGUGUUCUUGUCUGUAUUUAUUAUUAGACUUUUUUUUGUCUUUUCCCUGGAUGUUUUGUUUGAGAUGAACCCUCUAAUGUAUAAUUGUAAGGCCUGGGCUCAACAUCAUUUUAGCACUAAAAUCAGCUUGUAACACAACUGAGGUUCUCUUUUAGAUGGAUGCACACUCGACUGUUGUCGGAGACGGUGCUUGACGGCUUUUUAGCAGCUUGGUAACCACUGAGUUUAGACCUGUAGCUAAAACCCUCAGUGUGUGCUUUUAGUGCCAAGAUGACUUUGGAAGCUCAGGUCUGGUUAAGUUCUGUGGAGAGCUUUGCGGUGAUUUAUGUUGGGGGUGGUUGGGGGUUGUUUGACUUGAGGAAGGUCUCUGGAAGGCCAUGGUUGUCGAGAUAAUGCUGAAAGUCAUUAUAUUAACAUUAACCAAUGGGUUGGUCAAUUCUGUGAAAUUGUAUCAAGAAAAUGUUUUGUCCUGUUCAAAGGUGAUUUAUUCAGGCUGACGGCCUCGCCUCACUGAGUAAGAGAGAGCUUUGAUAUCUUUCUUUGUUAACUCAUGGUGCCUUUCAAGAAGCUGUUUGUGUUCUCUGUUUGUCUCUCUCUCUCUCUCUCUCUCUCUCUCUCUCUCUCUCUCUCUCUCCCUCUCCCUCCACUGUGUCUUCAAGACUCCAAACAACAACAACUCAUUAUAGGUUGCAGAAUGUCUGUCUGUGUAGGAGGGAUGCUCAUUCACAUACAGAACAUACUGUGGUAGACAUGGUAAAUGAAGACUUUUCAAUUGCCUACCAAAGACAGCACUCAGGCUCUUGUUAGAUCUUAUACCUUUGACUUGUCACCUGUAGACACAGUAUGGUGCAUCCUUUUUACAUCACAGGGAUGAAUGAAGACAAGACCCAGGAUCAUACAGACAUACAGACUGCUGUUUUGUACAUGCUUCACAAAUGCUACGCAAAUAACCGAGGCCCCAGAACGGCCUGAGGCACCUGCACUGUUACCUGUGUUUCUUAUUACAUUGAUGUUCUGAAAUGCACAAAUGUGAAUAGGGAUACAUAGGUUUGUUCUGGGUUACCUUCCCUAUUGAUUUGUCCAGUGAUUCCUGUUUGUGUUGCCAAUCAGUGCUGCUGAGCAGACUUGAAGUCAAAUUCUGUUUUCAACACUUUAAUUUUGGAGUGUUUGCUUAGGCCUGUCUUUACUGCUCAGUGGUCAGCUUUAUUGAGGCCACUGAGCCGGCUCAGGUGAACCUCUACCAGGUAGGUAAAAGCAUCUUGAAUGGUAUUUUGACCCAGGUCUGUUACUGAAUGAACACUCAAGUUUGGUUCGGUGGAUAAGGCUACAUGCUGCAGUCCUUCCCGCAUUGUUUCUGUUCUUCCUCUCCGGGUUCUGUUUCUCAUUCUUCACCAAAACUCCAGUUUCUUGAUCCUAAUUUGAACACUAGUGCCAGAUAUAAUUUGUAAUUUGUGCAGAAUGGCAUAAGGUAUUUGUAUAUGUGUUUGGUAAUUUGCUUUACUAUAUGCGUGUAAAUGCAUAUCAGAAAAAUAAAAAAACUAUAUGAAA